AUGAGUUCACAUGGUACUGGCGAAAAUGAGCGCGUGUAAACAUGCGUUGCUUGACAAGACGGCGCUCGAGCUGAGUUUUACCGGAACCUCAGUGCAGAGGAGACGUUCAUUUUAAAUAGGAAAACUUGCUUUUUGUUGUUUUGUUUGUUUGUUUGUUUCUUUUCUUACUUGUGUGGCGACGGUUCACUUCGAGUACAAUAAGACGCGUGUAAUGUAAUUUUCAUUCAGAAUUAGGUAGUAAUGAGUUAAAACAGUUGGUUGUUAAGUUACUGUGACCUCAGGAAUAACAGUGUAGUAGUUAUGUGAGGAUUAUGCUGUGAGUGAUGUGAUGAUGGCAGUAUGGCAAACUCGAGCCCUAAUUUUACCUCUGCUUACACUACACAUCGCCUGGCUCUUUCCUCACGCCUCGUUUGGAGUGUCUGUCAAGUGCUGGUGGCGUAGGGUUUCAUCUGUCAGCCACAAUGUGUCAAUCGAGUGCCAGGCAGAUCCUCAGGGCUCCCCGCCGGAGUGUGACUUGUGUCAUCUGAACGUGCUUCCUCUUACACCAGCAGCGCACGUCUCACAGACUGGGUGCAACCACAUGAGCGUGAGCUUCAGCGCACUUACAGAUGUGCAUGAAAUGCAGAACACAGACUGCACGCUGCUCUGUCCAAGACACACUCCAGGACACCCUCCAGGACGCACACCUUUGUCCUGUAUGGUACAUGAAGGCUAUCCUCCUCCCACCUGCUUAAUUCCAUUUAAUGAUGAACAGAGAAAUAUCCAUUGCCACUGGACUAGGUCACUUAAUCCCUUGAUCCCAACCAACUUCACCCUGCACUGGAGAGUUGAAAGUCAUGGGUCCAGUGGCUCUGUAGACGUUGGGGAGAGUGACAGUGGCAUUAUUCCACGUGCUGAAUACUCAGCUCAUGAACACAUUAAUGUGUGGGUUUCUGAAGUGAACACAUUGGGCAAAAUUGAUUCAGAAACCCUCAUAACCAACACACACAGUAUCAUCCAGCCAGCCCCUCCUUCCAUCACCAUCCAAAGUUCUGACCCUUUGGAGAUUUAUUGGCAUGUGCCUGAUGAAACAGAAUACACCGAAUGGCAGUGUAAGGUCCAAUAUAAGAAGCAGUGUGACCAGCAGUGGACAGAGGUUGAAGACACUUAUGAGGUGGGUUUUAUAUUAGAAGAGGCUGUGCCAUUCACCACAUACAAGUUCCGUGUUCGCUGUAGGCGUGCUUCUGACACGAGAGCAGUGAUGAGUGCCUGGAGCUCAGAGUACACUGCUGAAACUCCUGCUGCAGCUCCUGAGGGAAUGCUUGAUGUUUGGAGUGACUGUGAUUCUGCUACAAAUGAAUCCAGCUGCACCAUCCUAUGGAAGGAGAUGCCCAAGCAGCAGGCAAGAGGUGACAUCAACAGCUAUAUGGUGACUAUGACACUGACCAACGGAUCUGUGUUGGUCAUAAACGGACCAGUGUACACAUACGCAAAGAAAUGUGGUCUGGACAUGAUUAGAAAAGAGCCAUCAAACUUGGUUUCACAUGCUCAGCAGAGCUAUCCGAGAUGUUCUCAGGAGCAGGAGCAAAGCUGUUUUCAUUACUGCUGUCUCACUGUUCCAGUUAAGGAGGUGAUGUGCAUUGCAGUGACCGCUAACGCAGCAGGGGGCAAGUCAAGUCCAGCACUUGUGGCAUUACCCCAAACUGGUGUGCAGCAAGCAGCCAUGUUGGAGGUCAGAGGGAAGUGUCAGGAGCUCAAUGUAUCAUGGUCAGUGCACCCUCCGGUCUCUGACAGUGUAGAGGAAUAUGUGGUGCAGCAUAAACCAGCAGGACUACCUCACACCCCAUGCCUGAACUGGAUCAAGGUUCACAAAACCCAGACGUUUGUUACACUCAGAGGUCAAUUGUCAAACUACACAGCGUACAACAUAUCUCUGUUUGCUAUUAUCAACAACCACAGCAGUUUACUCAAGUCUGCCAUUGGCUACACUGUUGAAGGAGUGCCUCCAAAAGUCACAGCAUUUCAAGCGAUACCUAUCGCUCCGUUUAGUGUAAACUUGACGUGGACACCUAUUCCGCUUAAUGAGAGCCAAGGACAUAUCAAGGAAUACCUAGUGGGUGUCUGUAAUGAUGGAGUUGUGUACAACGUGAGCAGCAAUCAGAGCAGUCACCAGCUCUCUAAUCUGAAGCCUGGUCAUCAGUAUGAAGUUUGGAUCAGCGCUAAGACUAGUGCUGGAGAAGGAGAGAGGGCAAUAGCCCGUUUCACUACAGCUUCCGAUGGUAAUAUUACCAAUGUAGUGGUGCUCAUAGUUAUGUUGGCUUUAAUCAUCCCUCUGGUCUUAAUCAUUUCAAUUGCGUGUUGGUGUUUAAGGACCGAGGUAACCGAAUGGUUCAACAAAAUUCCGGACCCCAUCAACAGCAGUUCGUUUAAACAGAUAAGAAGUCAGUUCUGGCACUCAUGGCCUGUUCCUUCAGCCUCCAUGGAGCAUGGUCUAACUAUCUCACAGGUGGAGGUAGUUCUUGAGCCAGAAGUUGAUCACGAACCUGAGGAGGAGCAGCCAGAGGAGGACAGAGAACACAGACACAUCAGAGAAAAAGAGUUGCAAGGAUAUGGGGGGUUGCAGAAGAACAAUUCUGUGCUUGGUCAUCAGAAAGAAUAUAGCCAAAUGAUUGACAGCAGUGAUGAGGAGGGCGGAGAAAAUGAAGUUGACGAGCAGCCGUUUCCUUCCGACUACGAGAAACAUUUUUUGCCCUGCUUUGUGGGUGAAGAGAUUAUUACCUGACAUAGCUUUUUUGCUGUAAAUUUACAAUGUAUUAUGGAUGCACAUUUGGAAUGUCUUGAAUUUUAAUGCAAUGCAACAUAUUUGCAACAAGCAUCAGGAUUAUUAACAGUCAUCAUGGUGGCAGCUGACUCAGGUAUCAUUAAUGUUCAGCCAUUUAGGUUUUACAGGAUUGAACACAACCUCGUCCAUGUCGAUCGACUGUAUUUAUCAGAAGAAAAUGUGCGUAGAUAUAAGACUUCCCAAUUUUGCACAUGAGUAGCUUUCAUUAUGGUAAUUUAUCAGAAAUAACAACUCGUGGAUAAAACCUUGUGGUUUUACAUCACUUUGUAUUGUAGACGCCUGUGAAAAAUCCAGGCAAAAAUAUUGGAAUACGAGACCUUCAUGAUGCAUGCUGUUAUAAACCAGCAAGAGAAUGUACAAGUAAUGUUUCAGCUUAGAUUCUUCUUUUGCUUUUACUGAGAGAUAUGCAGUGACAGACUGAAUCUUACUUGAGCUUUUUCCAUGUGCAAUUUGUGAUUAAAUGUUAGCAAAAGUCAUGCAGUAGUUUAAUUACUGCAUGACAGUGUCAAAAUUUGUUUGUUUAUUAUUUUAUUUUAUUUUAUUUUUUACAAAUGAAGGCAUCUUUUUCUGAAUGCACAAAUAUUUUUAUUUUUCUAAAAAAUUAUUCACAAUUAUACUUGAUAAGUGGUUCUAUAAGUCGCUCUAAUAUAAUUUCAUUAAUAGGACAUCUAUUUUUUGAAGAAAACCAUUCAGUCCAGUACGGGUCAUUUUGACUUCCUUUAUGAAUUCGUGAAGGUUUUUUUGGUUCAUGCAUUGUAGGGUUAAAUAUCAAAAAUCUAAAAGGUGUGCGUCAUACCUGACACCUAGAUGAACACUUUACAGUUGGUUGUGUGACUGUACAUCAUUCCCUUCAAAUGCUAUUGAGCUUUAAAUUAUGGUCUAUUUUGUGUAUGACCCCAUUCGGUAGUGAAAUACAUAUCUAAUUUAUAUAUUAUUUAAUAGCUUAUUUGUGAAAUACAUGGCAAUAUUUACAUGUGACUUAAUAGUUUAUUUUAAUAAAUAUCAAAAAUCUAAGAGGUGUGUGUUAUAGCUGACACCUAGAUGAACACUUUCCAGUUGGUUAUGUGACUGUAAGUCAUUUCCUUCAAAUGCUAUUGAAGUUAGAACCGUGUUUAACAAUGUCGUAUGUAACUUUAGAGACGGUCCCUUAAUUUCCGCAUCUCCGCGAAUAUCGAACGUCCAACGUCAAUCCAACUUUAUUCCAGUAUAUAUUCUGACAUUUUCUUUAGAGAGAGAGAGAGAUACAUAACGCAUUCCAAAAAAGUAUUAACAUAAACACAUUCACAAAAAAUAUAGUCUUUAAUAGGUUCUGGUAUAUGGCGCGACCACCCCUGCCCUCCAU